GAAUAAGUAACAUUACUGAAAGCCAAACAAUGUGUGCUAUAACUUCGCAGCUACUUCGUAGUCUCCGUUGUCCAAAAAGCCUCGGCUCUUACGUACAACAUACUCUGUAUUCCCCGUUUCUCACUCAAUCCUCUUCUUUCUUACCUCCUUAGUUUCCUAUAUGUUGUUUACACCGUAUUAAGUGAUCAAUUCUCCUAGAACCUCGAGCUGUUAGGGUGUUUGGAGGAGGGCGUGCCCGCAUCAAAUAUCAUUCCAAUUUCUAACAUCUACUCUGUAUAGUUUCGCAUGUCUUCUUCUUUUAACUCCAUGACGAAAUCUCGGAACAGCGGAAAAGUGUCACCUAAGUGGAUUGUCCUGUCCUGUAUCUUCACCUUUGCACUUGGCAUGCUCGUUUCCAGCAGAGUAUGGCUUCUUCCCGAAUCCAAGGGCCAAAUCAUGUGGUCGCUGCAGCGCAAUCAAGACUUGCAGCUUCUUGCUGAUGAUUGCACUACAAAAAAGAACAACGAAAUACUGGGAGAGUUUCAGAAAACACAUGAAGCUAUACAGUGAAUCACUGGACAACUCAAUUGAUGAUUUACGAAUGGAGCUUCCCUCUGUUGAAAGAAGCAGCAGUCACAAGCUGUCUGGUAUAGAGACCAAUACUACAAAGCAAAAAGCAUUUAUGGUUAUCGGGAUAAACACUGCCUUCAGCAGUAGAAAGAGGCGUGAUUCUGUUAGACAGACUUGGAUGCCUCAAGGCGAGAAGCUAUUAAAACUGGAGAAGGAAAAGGGGAUUGUUGUUCGUUUUAUGAUUGGCCACAGUGCAACAUCAAAUAGCAUUUUAGAUCGAGCAAUUGAUUCAGAGGAUUCUCAGCACAACGACUUUCUUAGGCUGGAUCAUGUCGAAGGUUAUCAUGAGUUAUCUGCAAAGACGAAAACAUUUUUGUCAACAGCAUAUGCCAAGUGGGAUGCAGAUUUCUAUGUCAAGAUUGAUGAUGAUGUUCACGUAAAUUUGGGUAUGCUAGCUGCAACCCUUGCCCGCCAUCGUUUGAAACCUAGGGUAUAUAUAGGAUGUAUGAAAUCUGGACCGGUUCUAUCUCGAAAGAAUGUCAAGUACCACGAGCCCGAAUUCUGGAAAUUCGGGGAGGAGGGUAACAAAUACUUACGGCAUGCAACUGGGCAAAUUUAUGCCGUCUCUAAGAAUCUGGCAAAAUAUGUCUCCGAUAACCAGGCCAUACUGCAUAAAUAUGCAAAUGAAGAUGUGUCACUUGGUACUUGGUUUAUUGGGCUUGAGGUGGAGCACAUUAACGAGCACUCCAUGUGUUGCGGAACUCCCCCAGAAUGUGAAUGGAAAGCACAAGCAGGCAGUGUUUGUGUAGCUUCAUUCGACUGGUCCUGCAGCGGGAUUUGCAAAUCAGUGGAUAGAAUCAAGGAAGUGCAUGCUAAGUGUAGCGAAGAUGCUUCAGCAAUCUGGGGGGUUUCGUUAUGAGACUAACAGGCUAUCGAGGCUGUUAUCUAAAAAUCUCAAGCAACUACUGAAGUAAGUUUCGAGAAGCUACUAGCUAAGCAACCCUACUCUAUGAGAAUGUACAUAUACGAUUUUUUACAUUAAUCUGCAGAUGAAGUCAUUCUUCACUGGUGGUUGGUUAGUAGCUGCAGUUCUCCCGACGAGCUUAGCUGAAAAAUAUUCCUAUAAAUGAAGAUUAUUAUGUCACAGAUUUUGUAUCUUAUAAUCGUAGAUUUAAAGAGUUGCAGGCUUGCACUUAUGUGAAUGUACAUUAGCAUGUAUAUUAAGGACCCUUCAUGAUUGUACUCUGCACAAAUUACAGAGAACCUAUAGAUUGCUGAAUUAUAUUUCUUUUUCUCCA